AUGCCUCCGAUGGUAACUAAGCGAGAUAUCGACGUAGCCGAAAUCCUCAAAUCUCGGAUCAUUAAGUUCAUCGUCGGAGAUGACGAGGUCGAAUACAAUGUCCAUGAAGCAGCAAUCAGCGGCCUCUCUAGCCCACUCCCAGCGCUUAUACCCAUAUAA